AUGGUGGAUCGAACAUAUCGAACAAGAACCCUAGGUGUAGCAGCCAGUGGCGUACCUGAUCAGUAUGCUGAUGGCAAGGCUGCCAAAGUCUGGGAAUUCUACAUUGGUGGAAGCCGGAACAGAACCGAACAAUACAGAGAGUUCAUGUGCGAUCUCCUUCGCAAACGAGGCGUUCAGAAUAUUUGCGAUGUCGCUUGUGGCAAUGGGUAGGCUUUUACUUUCUUUUUAGCUUUUAGUUUUGCAUGAUUGCACUGUAAAGAACAAUAAAUUGUACACGAGAUGUAGUCUACAUCUGUUUUGUUACGCCAUUAAUUAUUAAAGGCUUUCUCUUUAUUAAAUACUUAUGUCAAUGUACAUGUUUGUAGCCUAAAUUUUGCACUAGCUUACCGACGUCUGUUAAUUACAAAGAGAGUAGUUUCAAAAUUUGCUUUUUUUCUGCCCAAACAGGUAGCUCUUGUGUAGCUCGUAGUAACCGGUUGUAACUGCAGGAAUGUGUAACUAGAUAUGUUGGUUUUUGUUAUGUUAAUACUCGGUGUAAUGUGUGUUGUAUAUUUGUGAAAAGUGUGUCUUGUUUGUUGUAGCAUUGUGAAAUGCAUUUUGCUUUAAAUAUACUUGCAUGCUGACUAUAUUUCGCUGUAUUGAGGUUUUCAGAGAGUUCGUUGUAGAGGUUGUGUUGGGGGCGUUGUUUUGGGGGGUGGGAAUAUGAAGACCUCAGUUAACCUUGACUUGAGGGCCUAUGGAAUUAAGGUAUCAGUUUACUGUCACCUAAAUUUUCAAAAGAUGAAUUAUGUACGAGUCAAAUCCAACUGCGAUAGAUUGCUUCUGAAUCAAAAAUAUCAAUCAGAUAUAUGAUACAAUAUGCCCGGUUGGGGCCUGAUCACGGUUGGAUUUGACUCGUACAUUACAGGCUUUAAAUUUUGGCUAAAAAUCCAACCAAUUUCGACUGUGGUUAAAAUAUUUGAAAAUUACAUUUUGAUAAUUUUGUGUAUUUGGCACACACUAUAGUCUGUCAUAGGUUGUGUUUCGAAAGUAUAUUUAAUUAAGAUACGGUCUGUAUUCUUGCAAAAUUUCAACAAAACUAUUGACCCAUGCAGGGGAUGGCAGUAAACUAAUACCUCAAUUGAAAAUGUUCAUUUGGCCAGACAGGAUCUUCAUUUAGCCUAUACUAUAUUUCCACACAGUUCACAAGGCAAAAUUGAUUCAGAUUAUUUUACCAAUGGCACUAAAAUGAUUGUCAUAGCAGCCAUUGCCAAAUGGAAAGCAUGCUUGGCUAACAUGUCUGGCUAAAAAUAGCAAACAUGAAGUAUGUCAUAUCCCUGGGUAGGAAGGAAGCAAACAUUCUAAUGUCUCUUAUAGCAAAUCCUCAUAUGAACAAGUCUACAACACUGCAAACAUUAUAUUAACUUCUUUUCCACCCAAUAUUUUAUUUUCAGUUAAAAUGUGGUAGCCAACCAGACAAUGGUUGUUUUCCUUCUCCACAAAAAGGAAACAUGGUUGAACUCCUUCACCAUUCAAGCUGUAAGACUUGAUAAAAAAGGAGUUUUGAUAAAAAAGGAGUUUUGUGGAAUGUAAGUAAAACACAGCAAGCUCUAUUCAUAUCUGGAAAUGGAACUGCAGUCUUUAUUCUGUGCUUGAGAAAAGUGAAACCAAGAUGAUGAAAUUGACAUCCAAAAUCUGUGAAGGUUGUGAACUGUUUUAUACCAUGUUUCCUAGUUCUUCCUAACAGACUGUAACAUUAAUCAAGUUAUCAGUUCAUAACGUCAGAAAGCUGCGGCGUGAGAGGGAUUCGACUCCCUGAAAAAUACAAGUAAAACAGCAAAACGUGUUUCAAGUGAAGGCCUUUCAUUGGCAAGUGCCAUCGCUGGCACAGACAGUUUGAGUUUAAAAUGUUACAUGAGACCAGGACAAAGUCAACCCGAAUGAAAAUUGAAAUUGUCAACAUGUUUACAUGAGACCGGUACGAAAAUCACAAAAUUUUCAAUUUAUUAUUCCCCUUGCCAUUCAAUUUUUUUUUUUAAUUUGACUUUUGUUCGCAUUUGUUGUUCUGAUGUCAAAGUUACAGCUGAGAAUGGUGUGAAAUGUAUUCGUGUUUACACAACCAGAUGCCAGUCAGCUAGGUCCAGCAGGCGGAAUGACUUGAGACAGGUCUGAGUUAUUUUCGUUCCUGUUUCAUGUAAACAUCUAUUAUAAAUAAUAUUAUGACCAAAACAAAAUGGUCCCGGUUUGACUUUGUUCUGGUCUCAUGUAAAUCUUUACUGUAAAUCGAAGUCAAAUCACAAAAUUUUAGCACACUCCUAAUUGUGUAGCCUUGUGUUAAACUGCACAAACAAAAACAAUAGCGACCGGCAGUGGAUGUUAAUUUCUGCCAUCGCGGUGGCUUCAUGCAGCUCGUAACAUAUAUGUUUCGGCAUGUAUCAGGCCAAUGCAAUAAAAUCAUGAACCUUUUGAUUGUAUUGAUUAAUUUAUUACUACUUAAAUUUUUCUGAAUUAUUCUCUGUUGUUAUUAUUAUUAUUAUUGAUUGUGGCAGGUAAGCACUUAAUUUGUUCAUGUAAAUGGGGUGUAGUUGUCUAUUGUUUGUACAAGAGUGUAAAUGAUUCACUUGCUAUUUUCUAGCGUUGAUUCAAUCUUGUUUCUUGAGAAUGGGUUUAAAGUGAUGAGUUUUGAUGCGAGUGAUAAAAUGUUGAAGUAUGCUUUGAAAACAAGAUGGGAGCGAAGAAAAGAAGCAGCCUUUGACAAUUGGGGUAAGGAUCGUAUAAUGCUCAGUUCUAGUAUUUUAUAGUAAAGUUUGUGUGACUUGUGUCCAGUAAACAAGCUAGGCCUUUGGUCAAUCUCGUUCCCCGAGCCUGCGAUCCUCGGGAAGGAACGCGAGGCUCUGGGAUAAUCCGUUUCGGGGAGGAAUCUGAUUGGCCAUUGAAAUGGAAUGCGUAGUUCAAUCUUAGCCAGGAUUCUUGGCUUCCGGUAACGGAUUAUCCCAGAGCCUCGCGUUCCUUCCUUCCCGAGGAUCGCAGGCUCGGGGAACGAGAUUGGGCUUUUGGUAUAUUAUACUUGCAUGGAAAACGGAGUGGUUUUAGCCAGUGAGCUGUAUAGAUCUGGAGCAACAACUUCAGUCACUUUGCUUGUGAGACAAAGGAAGCCGAGAUUGACGUCCAAUAGCUAUGAAAAUCGUAAACAGUUUUAAUGCCAUUUUUCCCAGGAAAUAAUUUUUUCUAACAGACCGUAAUUGAUAUCAAUAUAUGAAAUUUUGGCAUAGUAUUCCUUGCCAGCUUCUUCAAUUGACCGCUCAGACUGGACUGACGUCCAAUAGCUCUUCAAUUUCCCCCAUCUUUUGAACCCGAGUUCUUGCUCCAUAUACAUAGAGAGCUCGCUCGCUUGUUUUAGCUCAGUAAUUUCUAUAUUUCGCUGUUCACCUUACUAGUGAUUGAAGAGGCGAAUUGGCUGGAUCUGGCUGAGAACCAUGGCAAUGCCGAGUUCCCAGAGGGUGGUUUUGAUGCUGUGAUAUGUCUUGGAAAUUCCUUCGCACAUCUUCCAGAUCUCACGGGUGACCAGGAAAAUCAUAGAAUUGCGAUCCGAAAUUUCCAUGAAGUUUUGAAACCUGGUGGCUUCCUCUUCAUCGAUCAUCGUAAUUACGAUUCAAUCCUCGACUGUGGAAAAGCACCACACAGGAAUGUCUACUACAAUGUAAGGUCGAAGUUUUCCCUGUUGUAACAUAGAUGGUUGACUUGUUGACAGUUUUUAGUUGAAUUUCCAUUUGUAUAUAAAAUGCUUUGUUUACUUAUCUUGUGUGUUUGUGGUGCAUUUCAGAGUGAUCGUAUUAUUGAUAUCAAAACUUCAGUCCUUCAUGUGAAUGGGGAGCCCACAAUGAUCACACUGGAUUAUAUUGUGGAUGGCACGGAUGAAAAGAAAAUACAAAGUGGAUGCACAGAAAAAGAUUUGAGGUCAAUAACGAGCACCCAAUUUAGUUCUCAAAAUAAAGUUGAAACUGUUGCAAUACACACCCCUUCAGGAAAGUAUAUCAUGUUGGUUAUAGAGCCUAAUGUUUUCAUGCAUGUGAGAUUUGUUAAAUCCAAGUGUCUCGAUCAUAAAAACAAGGCUCGAUAGCCGAAGUGACAUACUUUCCUGAAAGAUAUAUUAACCAGUUGGUGGUCGAUUUUGGAAAUGUUGAAACUUAAAUUCAACUACAUCUCUAAUUAUAUGUAUUUGCAACCAAAUACAAGACUACUACAUAUAAUGAAGAAUUAACAUCAUUUUCUCACUUUGAUCAGUGGAGGUCAACCACCGUCUGAUGCACGAUGCUUACAAAACCUACCUACGGUGGUCAUUCUUGCAACCUUGUUCCCAGGGUCUUUAGGAUUCUUGUGGCUUGCUAACAUUUCAACACUUUAUUUAGCAAAUUCCGUUUAUCAUACUACCCACAUCGCUUGGCGAAAUUUGAUGAGCUUUUGGAAGGUGUCUUUGGGAAAGACACUGAACAUGUUGUUUGGGGUGACUUCAAGCCAAAAGGAGAGAUUGAAACACCAGCAUAUUUCAUCCACAUGAUUCAGAAAAAAUCUGCAUAG